AUGGUACUCAAGGGACUCCCUGAUCAGUACAAAGCUUUUGUUGCUAUUAUAACACAAUCCGAAACUGUAGACACAUUUCACAAAUUCAAGCAAGCUCUGAGAAAUUUUGAUGAAACUGAAACUGCCCGAUCUACAAAACCAGAAGCUAAUAAAAAUGAAGCUAUUAUGAAAGCACGAAAUGAAUAUUUAUCUAAACAACUCAUUUGUUACAGUUGUGGAGUUGCAGGACAUAAAGCGAGUGAAUGUCGGCGACAAUGGUGUACCAUUAAUGAUGACUUCAGUAUGAAAAUUAAUGGUAGUGAGACACUACUCGUGGACUGUGGAGCAACAACCCAUAUAGUGAAUUCUGAAGAAAAUAUGAUUGAAAUUGAUAACAACUUCAAACCAGCUGAACAUUAUAUAGAAUUGAAAAGAGGAUUGUAUGUCACAUACUUACGUACAGAAAGUGGAGAACUAGUUAAAGUUAACCUUGAAAACGCACUGUAUGUACCAACUUACCCUCAAAAUAUUUUUUCUGUUCAAGCCGCAACCCGUAAAGGUGCUGUUGUCAACUUCUCCAAUGAUCAUGCUAAUCUUAUUGCCCCAGAUGGAACAAUCUUUCCAAUCGAACAACGCCAACGACUAUACUAUCUGUACAAAAAUAAUGUGAGCCAAAAACGCAUAGAAGAUUUGAGAACAUGGCACAGAAUAUUAGGACACUGUAAUAUUGAUGAUGUGAUAAAAUUAGAAUCUGUACUUUAA